UUUAAGGCAGGCAAUGUAUUAUAUUAAUUUUAAUAAUUAACCCCUUUCGUGGCAGAGCAAAAUUCAGUAAAAUGCACUGAAACCGCCCUAAAAAAAUGACGGGGCGGAUUUUUCAAUAAUUUGUAUACUUCAGUUUUUUUGAUCGCUGAAGCCGAAUUUGUGGUCAAAAUAUAGAAAUUCAAAAUGGCGGAUCAAAUAUGGCGACUAAAAUGUUUAGAAAUGCUUUUGGCUGGACGCACCGGUGCGUCCGUGCCACGGAAGGGGUUAAUAAAGAUCAGAGACAAAGUUGGCCACAGAGGAGGACAUAGGACAACUGAUAAUCUGCUUGUACAUGGCUGUCUUUUGCAUUCGUAUGAAGUGAAAACUGUAUUUACUCUGUGGAAUUUAUAUUUCAAUUCCUUUUCGGUAUUCGUAUCACAUAUUAUUCGUCAAAUAUUCAGCGAAUUCUACAAGGCCAAUCAGCAAAUUUUGGGUAUUGCAUGUCACAAGGAAAUUUUGUGACGACUAAUCUUCCA